UCCACGUGAUCAGUCAUAAGCAGCAAGAUGGCGAAAAUAAUGAUGGUGGCGAUACAGAUUGUGGUGACUUUGACGUUCCUGGCAGUUAUCACUGCUGACAAAGUGCCUGUUUUAAUGUGGUCACAGUCCAGGCCUUUGCAUGAUCUACCACAGGCAUUUGCUGGUAACAGCAUCGAUGGGCAAACCUUCCACCAGAAAUAUCUCUCCCCGCUGACCAGCAAACAAGGACACAGUGUUGUAGCUUUUGUACAAGAUAAGCUCCACAUGGAAGAUUUCUCCAAGUAUGCCGAUGUCUACAACCCAUUCAGCGAUGGAGGUGCAUUCAAGAAUAUCAAGAACCUUAUGGAUGACAACUUUUCUGUGAACCUGCCUGCAGUACACUCUCCUAAAGAUGUCAUUGACAGUUUGAUGAAGGAGUUCAAGGGCCGAGUGCACAGUGUGUCCAGCCCUGAACAUGUAUCUGGGCUGAAAAUGGAGAAGGACAAGAGUUAUCUUAUCCUAGUUCUCUUGCCUGCCACUGGUCAGAAGAAUGAAGAGAAGGCCAUUUCAAAGAAUGAUGAGAAAGUUGGCGAGAUUGUGAAAGCUCUGAACAAGCGCAGUAUUGACUACACAGCGCUGUUUACAGGCGAGAGAGCAGAACGGGACACCAAGGCAACAUUCAAGGGUCGCCAUCUGUUGGAGAAUCCUGAUAAUGUAACUGGCAUCUUUGCCAAUGUAUCUGGGGAGAUGUACUUCUACAGCCGUGGUAUCCAGGUCGUCAUUGUCCAGAGAGGAGCAGACGACAAGAACACGCGCACUGUUAUUGACUUCCCCAAGGAGAGUGGAGCGUACAGUUCUAAUGAGUCCUCCUGGGUCAACAACACUGCCACGUUUGUGUUGUCAACAGAUAACGCUGUGUCCAACACUACAGCCGAGGACCAUUUUCAAGUCAUGUUCAAGUUCACUGCUGUCAAGAAUGUAGACAGAUGGACGGCUGUCAACUUCACCCUCAGUGUCACCAACACCUCCAGUAACUCUGAGGUUAUUGUAGAUGAACAGGAUAUGAGCUUGAAGGACACCGAGAUGGCCAUGCCACCGAUAUUCUCGUACCACUGUUCUGACCUGACACUGUACCCAAUGAAUAAGACGAACGACAAGGAAUAUGCUCUGCUUAAAUUUGAUGGAUUGCAGUUUCAGCCAUUUGGUGUGAGGAAUGACCAGUUCUCUGAGGCGUGGGACUGUGUUGGGUUCUUCACCACCCCGAUCCUUAUGGGACUUGUCCCCGUGGGGAUCUUCACAGUCAUCCUGUUCAUGGGCAUGUACAUGAUCUCUCAGCUGUCAACCAUGGACAGAUUUGAUGACCCCAAGGGCAAGACUAUUACGGUCAACGUGAACGAGUAGAGGGGAUUAGACAAAGCUGUGUGCAAUGGAUUGCAAUUUGUAUUGAAAAACAGGGAAUUUUGUUCAAGAAAUGUAUUAUUUAGACGCUAUCUGUGAAACGGCUUACUAUGAGAUGUUUAAAUGGUUGGUAGCCACAGUUCCAUGUUAACACAGAACCAGCAUCCAAGCCUGUCGAGAUGCUUUAUUGAAGUUCUUGUAUUUCCUUUUAUUUAAUAUGUUUUUUUAUGUGUUUUUUCCCCAAAGGUAAGGUUGUACGGUAUGAUCACAUCAUAUGGCAUAACAAUGUACACAGUUCUUACAGCACCAUAUUUCUAGACAGUUUUUAUACAGUCUAAUGGAACAGUUAUUACAUUGAGAUUCAAGACUGAACAUUUUACCAUAAACAAUCAAUGUAAAAUGUUACCUGUUAAAAGUUGCGAAGAGAGUAUGGAAGGAUGACCAAUAUUUAUAAAAGGCUGAAAAUUGGCAUUUUCAAAAGUCAAGAAAUUUCGUCACUGCGGAAUAAUUUACAAUUUCUCUUUGUAUACGGUGAAAAUUUGGUUUUGGUUUUUUUCUGCUACAUCUGUAAAUUGAUUGUUUUACAAUGUAUUUCUUGGUUGUGUUGUGUUUGGAAUGUUUCAAAACUGUCGAUUAGGUCAUCAAAUUAUUAAUUGAUCUUUAAAGAGUAUGGUUAAAAGGUUAAAACGAGAAUACUUUCAUAUGAAUGAUGAAAAAAAGCUACUGAUACCGAGAUUAUUUAAUCCCAGACUGUGUCAUUACAGCCUGCAUUAUGGGGAAUCAAUUUUGUGACUUGAUUAACUCAUUUCACUAGUUCUUUUGACUCAACCAUCACAGUCAUGUAACUCAUGGAGCUCUUCUUCAUGUUCUAUGAAGGAUAUUCAGCGGGAUAAGUCGGUGUUAGGUUUUCAAAGAAAUUGUCCAGUAUCACUAGUCCAUUCAUUGAUUGUUGCCUGGAGCCUAUACAUGAAUAAUUGAAUCUGAGUGAAACAGCCGAGAGUUACUUCCCUUCCAUUAGAAUGAACUGUGGUCAUGAUGUUGUUAUGUGUUGAAUUCCCAUACAUUAACAAAGAAAGGCAACAUUUGUGACAGCUGAUCCAUAAUCCUGUGAAUUAUAGAAUAACUUCUACAGACUAACAACUUACGAUGGGUACCAUUUCUAGUAGUUAAUGAUCCAUUGAUGUGACCCAGUUGAAGUAAUUAAUGUGCUUUCUAUGGCCAUGGAGAGAAAGAAACAUCUGUGAGAUUGUUAUUGUUGCCAUCACAUAAAAAACAGGCUCACCUUCUGACAUUGAACGCCUUGUAAGUGACAAUUUGUAUCCAUUGCACAGAGCUUUGAUCAGCCGGUACCAAGAAAUCCUUUAAUUUGUCUUCUGCUUUAAUCCAAUCAAGUACAAAAAUCUAAUGCAUAGGAGGUUCUUUAGAUUGUUCUAUGUACAUGAUGUAUACGUUGAAUCAAGAAAAACAUAAUUUAAUAAAAAGAGAAUAAACUAGUUUGUUUUGUGCAACCAAAACUGGGUUGUCAAUUAAAAUUUAUCUUUUCAUUUAACAGUCUCAACAUCGAACUUUACAUUCCAUGUCUUUACAAUUGCUCCGAAUAAAAGAAAUUACUCUUC